CACACAAUCAAUGCACCCUGCCCAUCGCUCUCAUCUUUCUCCAGCUCCACCUCCCCUCCCUUCUUCAAAAUCGAACCCAAGAAGCAGAACAUCUGAACCGUCCAUCAUCAGUGACCAUGUCUUGGUUCAGAAAUCUCAUCCACAUCUCAUCCUCUUCCAUCAAACUAUCAACCCCACUCAGACCUUCCCAUCAACAUCCGUUCUUCCUCUCCUCCAUUUCCCAUUUCACCUCUUCAACAGCAACAACGACGACGACGACAGCACCGAUCUCUGAUCUAUCUUCUUCCAAUUUCGCCGGUCUCGGGCCCACCAAACCGAAUGAGAAGCCGAGGAUCGUCGUCCUCGGGUCCGGGUGGGCCGGCUGCCGCCUCAUGAAAGGCAUCGACACUAAGAUCUACGACGUCGUCUGCGUCUCCCCUCGCAACCACAUGGUCUUCACUCCCCUCCUUGCUUCUACCUGUGUCGGUACACUUGAAUUCCGGUCUGUUGCUGAGCCCAUCGCAAGGAUCCAGCCCUCCAUUUCUCGCGAUCCUGGGUCCUACUUCUACCUCGCUUCUUGCAAGGGUGUCGAUGCCGACAACCAUGUGAUACACUGUGAGACAGUGACUGAUGGAAGUGGAUCGAACACCCUGGAACCUUGGAAAUUUAAGGUUUCAUAUGAUAAGUUAAUUAUCGCAUCUGGAGCUGAGGCCUUGACUUUUGGAAUCAAUGGAGUUAAAGAACAUGCGAUAUUUCUCCGAGAAGUUUCUCAUGCUCAGGAAAUUCGCAGAAAGCUCCUACUAAAUCUGAUGCUGUCUGAUGUUCCUGGCAUUUCAGUGGAAGAAAAGAGCAGACUUUUACACUGUGUUGUUGUAGGAGGUGGUCCUACAGGUGUUGAGUUCAGUGGCGAACUUAGUGAUUUCAUAAUCAGAGAUGUUCGUGAAAGAUAUUCUCACGUCAAAGAUUACAUCCAUGUGACACUGAUUGAGGCAAAUGAAAUAUUAUCUUCCUUUGAUGUUCGUCUCAGACAGUAUGCUAUGAAGCAGUUGACCAAGUCAGGAGUUCACCUUGUUCGUGGAGUUGUCAAGGAUGUUCAAUCUCAAAAGAUAAUUCUUAAUGAUGGAACGGAGGUUCCAUAUGGGCUGCUUGUAUGGUCUACUGGUGUCGGUCCAUCUACUUUCAUAAGCUCUUUGCAAUUUCCAAAGUCACGAGGUGGAAGGAUUGGUGUGGAUGAGUGGUUACGUGUUCCUUCCGUGCAGGAUGUGUUCUCAGUUGGUGAUUGUAGUGGAUAUCUUGAGAGUACGGGCAAACAGCCACUUCCAGCUUUAGCCCAGGUCGCGGAGAGACAAGGGAAAUAUCUGGCACAUUUAUUGAACCAAAUUGGUAAAGCUGGAGGAGGUCAUGCCAAUGCCGCUGGAGAUAUUGAAUUAGGUGCCCCAUUUGUUUAUAAGCAUUUUGGAAGCAUGGCAUCCGUUGGUAGCUACAAAGCUCUUGUCGAUCUCCGGGAGAGCAAGGAGGGGAAAGGGUUGUCUCUUGCUGGAUUUGUUAGCUGGUUUAUUUGGAGGUCGGCAUAUCUCACUCGGGUAGUCAGUUGGAGGAACAGAUUCUAUGUGGCAGUCAAUUGGGCUACCACAUUUGUAUUCGGUCGUGAUAUAAGCCGCAUCUAGAUCAAAACAGGUACCUGUAAAUGUCAAUGAUAGGCCAGUUUGGCACUAUGCACACUCUUAGAGGAUAGACAUGGACCACGUCUGAGGCUGGAAUAAUAUGGCUAUUGCUGUCAAAUUAUCUUUUUAUAAAAUGUUUCUUUUUCUCCCUAAUUUGAUCUGAACUUCAUCUGAGGUGGAUGAUGAGAAGGAGAACAGAAAUAAAAGAAAAUUUUAAGGUA